AUGAGUCAAACAAAAUAUCUUGAAAACCUACUACAUACAUUUGGUAUGAAUAAAUGUAAACCAAUAUUAACACCAAUGAAAAAGAAAUUAAAAUUUGAAAAAAAAGGAUCAACAAGUAAACCAUAUCAUAAACUUAUGGGAUGUUUGAUGUAUGUGAUGAUUCAAACCAGACCGGAUCUUAAAACAGCAGUCAAUUAUUUUAACCGACAUCAAUCUAAAGCCACUGACGAUAAUUUUAAUCACUUUAAAAUAUUAUUAAGAUAUUUAAAGGACACUAUUUCUUUUGGAAUGACCUACAUUAAGAACAAUAACAUACAUCCACUUCAAGGUUUUGUUGAUGCUGAUUUUGCCAACGAUAUUAAUGACCGAAAAUCUACUUCUGGAUAUCUUUAUCAAGUUUUUGAUUUUACAGUCAGUUGGUUUACUAGAAAACAAUCAACUAUAGCCUUUUCAUCGACUGAAGCAGAAUAUUUAGCUUUGGCAUCUGCAAUUCAAGAAGGAAUGUGGCUGAAAGGACUUCUUGUAGAGAUGCGAAUUAUCACAGACAAAGAUUACAUAUUAUUGCAUGAAGAUAAUCAAUCUUGCAUCAGAAUAGCAAAUGAACCAAAGAAACAUCAACGAUUGAACCAUCUGGAUACCAAAUAUAAUUUUAUUCAUGAAGCAAUCUCAACAAAUCAAAUUAAAUUAGCAUAUGUUUAA